AGAAGUAGGCGAAGGGCGGUUGGUGAAAACGAGGAAUUUGAUAAUAUUUUCACGUUAGUUCGCCUGUUGUACGGAGUAGGAAGGAAGGUUUUCAAUCUUUAGAUAUAAGCAACAGAAAACACUACACAUUGAGGGCCGAGGAUGUCCUUCCGAGCUUCUAAGUCAGGAUUAGGCUAUGAAGUGCAACGUAAAUUGGAAUUAAACUACGACAGAGAGGAAGCAGCAGGAACUCCUACUCACGUAGUCAACUGGGUAAACGCCAUGGUCGGCAGCGAGCACGACCCAAUCCCUGGCACUGAUUGGAAGUCAAUUUGCAACCAUUUAAGGGACGGUGUUGCACUUUGCAAGUUAAUCAACAUUCUUUUGAAAAAAGACGACAAACCACCAAUUACCUUCCAGAAGAAGGUCAUGUCACCAUUUGUUGCUAUGACAAAUAUCGAAAACUUUAACAAAGGCUGUGAACAGUAUGGACUGGAAAAAGAAUUUCAAUUCCAAAGUGGUGACUUAUGGGAAGUAAGGAAAGGUCCCUUCCUUAACGUCAUCAACUGCCUCCAUAGUUUAGGAUUCUGUUCAAAUUCAAAGAGAGUCAUCCCAGCAUACACAGGAGAAAUUGUUAAAUACCUGGAUAACGAAUAAAUGUGAUAAUGAGGCUGCAAGAAAUUCAUUUCAAAAUGUCAUCAUAUCAUUAGUAUGGGACAAUUUCAGACUUGCACAUGAUUCUUACAAACUUAUCUUGAGUACGUUCGGAAAAAGCCUAUAAAUGAGAGACCUACUGUUGUAACGGCAGCUUCCAGUCACGGGACUUUUCGGAAACGCUUGAUAUGCUAAAUGAAUGUUUCUGGCUUUUUGUGUCUAUGUCUAUUAAUUUAUUAUAAUGUGAUGUAUAUAUGAUUAACUAUUUUAGGAGGGACGAAAAACAGAUCUUUACUCAAUAUUUUAACUUUUUUUAAAAAUCUUUAAAGCCUAUUGGAUUUUAAUUCAUUCAAACAUGUUAAAACUGCAAUGGGGUUCAUCGAGAGCACUAUGUCUUAAUUUUUAUACCGAAUAUCAGUUGUCUCAAUGUACCUUUAAUUUAUAUUAAAAUUAUCUAUUAUUGUA